AUGGGGAUUCGUCCAGUCCUAGACAGAUUUUCUGCUCCGGCAAGAAUACAACGGCUCAGCGUCCUCGCCUUAGCAGCGAUUCUGAUUGUCCUCUUCUUCCAAAGCACAUUAUUCCCGGUAAACUCGGUGACCUACCUUCACAGAAAAGUCGACCGAUCGCGGUCCGGAUACUACCUACAAUGGGGGCCUUUCGAUCCUUUACCGAUACCGGGGUUUGUGAACACUGGAUUGCCUGGCAAGAGAUCGUGUGAUACUUUGAAGUACAACUCGACUGUCGGGGUGCAGAAGAGCUUCUUCCUCGACGAUGAUAUCAAACAAAUAGCCUUGACCCUCGACUCUCAUCCGAUGGUCGACUACCCUGACGAAAUGAUGAAUGACCCCAAGAUGGAAGCGAGUGAGAUCAUUGAGAAGACGUGGGCUCGCCUUUCCGGAUCCAGUGUGUGGCUGCCGGAACAGAAGGUCUUCUUGUCCGUCACUCGAGUUAUCUUCUGCCCUUCGAGGACUCGUUCAGUGCCAAAGAUGAGCUUUCUGCGAGGCCAACUCUACAACCAGGACUGGGAGCAUUUGGACAAUCAUACAAUCACCUGGGGUGGACAGCAGUUCAAGUUUCCCCUGGUCUUCGACGUCCCCGCGCAAUGGGAAGACGAUGGGAGCUUGUAUGGACCCGAAGACCCCCGGAUCAUUCUGGAGGACAAUGUAAAGGGCGCCGAACCAGUUGUCAUUUUCAACAUGAUCGCGAAACGAACCGAGUGGAAGCGAGCAAUGUACAUCUUCCGACCCUUCUCCAACUACUCCACCGUCCUCACCAUCAAGGACACUGACCGACAAUCGACCGAAAAGAACUGGGCACCAUUUUUCAUUCCAAACGAGCAACAGCAGGCGUCGGCUGGCACGAAUCCCACCACAGCAAUUGCAGCUCUGCGCCAACCCAGCGAAUACAUCCAUUUCGUUUACAGCUUCAAACCUUUACGGAUCUUGAAGUGCCAUCUCCGCUGCGGCGAUUGUGAAUUCGAAUAUGAGCAAGAGGUGCCCGACAACUUCAUGACCAAACACAAUGAAGAGGGCGGCAGUUUGCGUGGUGGCACCAAUUUCGUGCCGGUGCCCCUGCCGUCAAGCAUGAACAUCGAUCCCCGAGUCCGAGUAUACGCAGCCUUUCCGCGGACCAAUAUCGAGAAGCAUUGUGAUGGCAGUUUUUAUCGACCAGAAUUUGUGGUAAUGAUUAAUAUUGGCACACAGUUCCACCUCGCUUUUGCUUCCGAGUCGCUUGACUUCGGCAACGCUAUACUCGACCUGGGACCUGAGGACGACCGCUGCGACAAAGGGCGCAUCCUCAUUCCCAACAGUGUGGCUCAGUGGGAUACGAGCAAUGGCCAUGAUGUGAUGAGUGUGACAUUUAGUGUCAACGAUGAGACGGUCCAAGUCGCCCGCAUCGAAGGGCUGUUGUCUUUCGUUCGUAAUCUGCCUCAAUUCAAGACGCUACUGAAAAAGGAUGGUCUUCUGAAGGGUGCUGACUCGGACCUGAUGGGCAUCUUAUCUUCCUGGGUCGGGGACGAUGUACGUGGCUGUCUUGUCGAGGCCGCCCUAAACUACGCCACUGCAGCGCAGGAGAUCACGCACCCGAAAGAGGGAGGGGAGGUGAUGGAUGUGACCAAGGAGCUAAUGCUCAAGCUCAAACAGGAAGCAGACAUGACCAAGCAGAAGGAUGAAGAAAGCUUCAAUCACGGUUUCGAACCAGGACAUCUGUUUUUGGAACAUCCUGCCGAUGAUGACGGUGCACAACCUUUCCGCUUUGAGAUGUUGGGCGAGUUUUCCGAUGUCGAAGGCCUGUCGGUUGAGGGCUUGGACGGUAAUGGCAACAAGAAUGACGAAAAGAAAGAGGAGGUCAACAAGGAAGAGAAGGAAGAGGAGAAGAAGGAGGACGGGAAGAAAGGAGAUGGAUGGAAAGAUCAGAAACAGAGUACAGACGAGGAGCAGGACGAGGAGAUGAAGCAAAGUGAGGAAAAGGAUCAAGAUACGCCAGGACAAGACACGAAGGACGAGGAAAAGCCGCCGGAAAGCCAACCUGAAAUCCAACCCAAGCCACUGCACGUUCACCACCGAUAUCAUAACCAUCAGAAUCACCGCAGGAUGUGGCCGUAA